AUGGCGAUUUUGGGUAUGUCUGAGGAGUUACCAAAGCGCUUGUUAAAGCCGGGUGAAGAGACCCAAGUGCAUCAGAUCAAUAAUAACUGCAAGAUGAUUUUUAAGCUGUUCGAUAAUGGUUUGGGAUUCUCGGCGGGAGUGAUACACGGCUUCUUGUGUAGGGAGCUGUUGACUUACAAAGAUCAUGAGCUUUGGUUUCUCUUUGCGAGAGGACCUCUCCGAUUUUCAUUGCUUGAGUUCCAUGCAGUUACCGGGCUUCAGUGCGAUACUAGUCUCUCACUUAAUGAGUUGGUUGACUGGGAUGAUGAUGGUGGUUUCUGGAGCUUAGUGAUCAGGACAAAUAAGGGGGUUUCUAUUUUCGAGCUGUGGGAACAUCACAGGGCAGCUGUUAAGAAGUGGAGUAAUGCUGAUCGAAUCAGGCUGGUGUAUCUUUGCAUCAUUGUUUGUAUGGUUUGCGGGAGAGAUGAGAAGGCACCUAUCCCCAUCAAGUACGUGAAGUUGGUGAUGGAUCUUGAGCAAGUUCGAAACUACCCUUGGGGAGUUGCUUCUUUUGACCUUCUAUGCGAGUCAAUAGCUGAAAAACAAGAUAAACUGAAGGAGAAUCCAAAGAGUUACGUGUUAGAUGGCUUCACCUACGGUCUUCAGAUAUGGGCUAUGGAAGCAAUACCAAAGCUUGGAAAGCUCUGUGGAAGAAAACUGAACAAAAGUUUUAAGAACGGUCCUAGAUGUGUAAACUGGAUGGGAGCUGCAAAGAUUUCGUACGAGGAGCUCAACAAGUUGGAGAACAUCUUAACACCCAAGGAUGACAUAUAUCCAUACAUCUCGUGGACAGGGAAUUAUACAGUGUGUGAAAGUCUUCAAUUUAGCAGACGAGAUGAGGUGGAGGAUGAUAGAGUCAAGCUUCUCAUGCAGAUGAUAAUGAAGCAGUUUGACUUCAGUGGUCAUAAUUGGGAGUACGAAGAGACACCAGUCUUUUCUUUUGGGGUUGAUAACAAAGAAGGUGAGAAGGAGAAAGUACCUACGCAUGAGGGAGAAGGUGGGAGUGAUGAAGAGCCUAACGACAAGGAUGGUGAAGGUGGGAGCGAUGAAGCAGCUGGGAGCGAUGAAGCAAGUGGGAGCGAUGAGGAGUUUCAAACUCCAAAAGGAUCAGCAACCUUGUUUCAGCAAGGUUUUGCUGCGAUGGAAGAGAGGCUAGAGAAAAAGAUGGAUGAAAAAUUUGAGGGAGUGCAGUCUGAGCUUAAAAAUUCCCGUGGGGAUUCAACCAUCCAAGCUGAGCAUGGAGAUCCAUCUGCGAGCAAGCCAGCGCCUAGACACCCAUCGCCUAGCAAGCCAGCGCCUAGCAAGCCAGCGCCUAGCAACCCAUCGCCUAGGAAGCCAUCUCCUACGAAGCCAUCGCCUAGCAAGCCAUCUCCGAGGAGGUCCAAACCCUUGGAUGUAAAUUUCAGUCAAGCGGAUGAUAUGGACGAACCAAUAGGUACGCAAAGCCUUGAAGGACUUUCUCAAGCCUCGUACGUACCCGAUUUUGAUCCAUCACAGACCAAUAACGACAACGAUGCAAGUGAUUGGUGGACUCCAAAGACUACUGUCCGAAAACUACGAAAAGGUGGAUCAAAGCAAUCAAAUGCACCUCUAACAUCGGCAAAGUGGGAUAGAUGGACUGGAGGACCAAGCAAGAAGCUUCAGCUUAGUGACUCACCAAUGGCAGAUGACGGUUCUCCACAGGCGUCACUGUAUUAUUUCACCGAAGAAUCGUGGGAUAGAUUCACGAAAUGGUCUACGAAUCCAACAGCUUUGAGGAUUGGUCCCUUUGUCUUUAAUUUGACCUUCGCACAGAGAAUAGUUUGUGCUGGAAAAUGGCUUGGAAACGAGGAAAUGGAUGCGAUGAUGUAUAUAUGGCGAGAGAAGACAUCUUUGAGGCGUUGGAAUAUAGACCGUGUUGCUUUCAUGAACGCCAUGUUCUGCCUCCAGAUCGAGAAAGAAUACGAGAAGUGUAAAGACGACAAAAGAGGCUACGUAGUACCCGAUCUUCUUCUUGCUUAUGGGAGAGGAGAGCUUCCAUCUCAUGGGCGGACUAAUAGAGUUUGGGGUGUCGAUGUUGAUCGUCUCUACUUUCCUCUGUUUGUCAAUGGUAAUCAUUGGGUUGCUGUAUGCGCCAACAUGAUUGAGAAGAAAGUGGAAGUCUAUGAUUGCAAUCGGGGAAGGAAUAGGCAAUACGUAGAGAAGUUUGCUUGUAUGAUUCCUAGAAUUGUCAAGGCAGUUGGUCCACCUAAGAGCAAGUUACUCCUCACAUCCUAUUCGAUUGUAGACAUGCCUAUGCAGACAAGAUUGAACAAGUCUUGUGCUGAUUGCGGGGCAUUCGCAGUCAAACACUUGGAGUGCAUCCUUCUUGGUCUCGACCUCAGUUUAGUGGAAGACGGAAUAAUGCCUGGUUGCCGACAGAAAAUUGCUUAUGAUAUAUGGGAGGCUGCCCAUGAUCCCAUUUUAAUCCAUCUUAUGGCACAACACAUCCCUUCGGAUUUUGAGAGUUCUACUUUUUAUGACCUUGAAGAAGACUGA